CCAGGGGACCAGGUAUGGGGAUUCCGGCCCGGGCCUCCCCCCAGCUGUGUCGCCUGCUUCUCCCGGGGGGGAUCAUCCUCCUCAUCCUCCUCUACCUGGCCAGCUCGCACCUUCAGCUGCCCCACUCAACCUGUCUUUGGGGGGGACGCCCCUGCCGCUGGCUGGGAGACCCGGCGGCUGAUGAAGGAGAGAGCGGGCAGGCGGCCCCUCCUCUGUCUCAGCCCGGGCAGACCCCAGGCCAACCCCCCUUGCAGACGGCGCACCCACCUUGCCAGCAGGGCCCGCACUUCCACAUCCGGUGCCUGCGGGGGGCCUUUGCGGCCAGCGUCACCCCCAGCGGGGAGGUCCUCCUCGGGGAAUAUCUCAGGGGCUGGAAGGAGCUGGCCAAGUUCAUAGACUCUCUGGGCACGGCCUUUGGGCUGGUCUCUCGGGAGACGUGGCAGAAAAUCACCAUCAUGCAAGACUACCACUCCGGGCAGCACGGGGCUCACUACCACUCCCUGCAGUCCAUGGUGACUUUUGAGCUGGCAAACGGCCUGGUGGACUUCCACGCUCUGUCAUCCACCCGGCCCCCGUCUGGCUGCCGGACGUUGCUGCGCCUCCACCGCGCCCUCAGGUGGCUGGAGCUGUUCCUGUACAAGCUGGGAACCACCGAGGGCGUGCCUCCCUCCCAGCUAUGCGCCAGUGCCUACCAGGAGGCCCUGGCCCCGUACCACAGCUGGUGGGUGCGGCAGGCAAGCGCCUUGGCCUUUGUGGCCAUGCCCUCCCGGCAGGAGCUCUACGGCAUCCUUUGCGAGCAGGAGCAGCGCGUGUGCCCCACCCUCCUGGCCACGGUGCGUGUCAUCAGUCAAGUGUACAACAGCACCCAGGAGGUGUACUCUGCCCAAAAUAUGUUGGGUCUCCCAUGAAGCCUGGAUGCCGGGAGCUGCGCAAGGGGGCACAGUGUUCUGACCCAAAGAGGCGCCAGAGGGGAAGAGCGAUCCACUCCCUGGCGGCUUGGAGAGGCAAGGAGGGCUGUUGUCAAAGGACUGCAGGGAGCCGUUUUGACCUCUUCCCAGACCCAGAUGCCAGCAGAGCCCCGGAGAACAGAUACCCCCACCCCAAGGAACAGGAACAUACAAGCAAAGGAAAUGAGAAUGCAGGAAACAGCUGGGGAGGGGUAUUGUUUAUUUAUUUAUU